AAUAUAUAGGUCAUGAAUGAAUCAAGAAGAAUCAGAUUUAAUUUCUUCAUCAUCAUCAUCUUCUUGAUCUCUAGGGGGAUUUUGCCGGUAUCUUCAGAUGAUGAUGGUGUAGCCAAGAAAGAAGAGAAUCCUUCACUUGUGAAGAUUAUAUGUGGGAUCUUUGGCAAGAAGUUUCCUCCUAGUUCUUGGGAAUUGAUUCAAGGUGCAAUGCAGAAGAUUCAAACGAAGCUUUACCCUCCAAAUCUACAUUUCAGAAGCAACAGCGCCAAUAACAACAAGGACAAAGAAGGAGAAGACAAAGGAGAGAAAGUGAAAGAAGCGGCUACAAGGAGCCUUGAAGUAAGCAAAGAAGCAAUUGAAGAAUCAGCAAAACUAGCAGGAGGUGUCAUAGGAGAAGCAGUUCACAAAACAGCUGAGAAAGUUACCAAACAAAACUCACAUGAUGAAAUGUAAAUGUAAUCCACCAAAGAUUUGCUCAUAAUGUUAUUUAACUUACAAAAAAAAUUCAGAUUCAAAAGGAACCAAUCAUACCGUUCAGACUCAAACUUAAACAACACAAAAGAGAGAUUCAAACUCUUAAAACAUAUCAAGAAGAGCGAGAAGAAGAAGAAGAAGAGAGCUUAAGACACUCACUCUGACACCUCCUAAGACAAAUGUCAUUCCAGUUAGCAACUUGGUGCUGGUUCACGCAGACGGUCCGAGCACAAGCAUCAGAGCAAGCGUCAAGCUCAGAUACACCGCAGACAGUAACACAAGUGUCGGGAAUAGGAUCUUUAGAGAAGGCUCCAACUUUCUUCAGCAUUCUUUUGGAAGUGCAAACUCUUUCGCAGACAAAGAUCUCGUCAGAGCUUUUCUCUCUUCCUCGAGCACUCUUGAUCCUCUCUUCUUCGCCACGUCUCUUCUUUAUCCUCAAUGCUUGUCCUCCGAUAAGCGCAGGGACUGCUGCUGCUAACAGAGGCCACCACACUUCCACCAUUUUUCUUGUUAAAGACUUCAAAUUUAUAUCACACUGCGCAUUACAGGAAUUAAUCA